UCUCAAAACAAAGCAUGUGACUUUUCGGUUUGAGCAGCGACUAAUUUAAUACUUUUGUGUCAAUUUGUUGACACACUUUGUUUUGUGUUUUGUUUAGUUUUGUUUGAGUAAUUUAAAAUUGUUUACAUAGAAUCUUCAGUUGUGGGAAAGGUCAUUCUCUUAAAACCACUUGAAACUGUAUUGUCUCACACUUUGAUAAAAUUGUCGUAAUGUAACCUUUGAUUUGAUUGGUUUGGUGCAAUAUCAAGGAAUAUACAGGAAGACUAGAAAUCAGUGCGUUUUAAAGACCGAAUCGACCCAGAAGAUUCUACAGUUUUAAGAGAAGACAUGUCAACUCCAAGCCGUUCGUUGUCAGACUUGAGGCGCAAACGGGGACAAGAGCUCGCCGCUUUGAACAGGAUAAGGCGGAGAGGGAUUGUUUUGCUAGAAAUUAGUGCCACUCGUGGGGAGAUGUGGGCGAUACUUAAGGAGCUAGACGACGCUUUAAAAGGGUUGCAAGAUGCCAACUGGAAUUACUUCGACCGUAUUGCGGGAGACGAAUUUGAAAGAGAGCGUGCUGAACGCUAUGAGCAAGAAGCAGCCGAUAAGUGCACCGAAUUGCAGGACCUGAUCCUUGCCAGAUUACAGGAAGGGCGGAAUCAGGGUCACGUCAGUGAUCAAGGAGCGGAGGCAAGACCUGCUGCUAGAUCGGAGUCCAAUUUAGGAACAUCCUAUGCAUCAGUAAAAUCCGAUUCGAAAGGUUCUCGCCAGCAAAGACAAAUCGACGAGGGAAGCAGUACAGACGACGAACAAAGCGAGCGAAUGAUUCCGCACCGAACAAACGACAGACGACAGAUACGAUAUGAAGCUCAAGCUACCACAUGUAAACGAAGCUUCGAACGAAUGGACGAAGGUAGAUCAUGUCCCACGGGCAUCUCUCUUUCGAAGCAGUUUGCCUCAUUUGCAGCUGGAAACAUUUAACGGCGAAAUUUCGGAUUGGCCGAGGUGGUAUUCGCUAUUUAAAUCCUUAGUUGACGAUCAACCAUUGUCGAAUGACGAAAAAAUGGCCCACCUACAGAAUGCAGUGACAGGACUGGCGCGUCACACCAUUGGAGGCAUGUUAUUCGACGGAAACUUGUAUCUGGACGCAAUUGCCGCAUUAAGGGAUCGCUUUGGUCGGGAUGAGGACAUUGUCUAUGCCAACUUAUCUCGAGUGUUCUCUGCCCCACCUCCGGUGUACCUGGACCCGGCAAGCAUGGAGAAGUUUCACGGGUCUGUUCAUUGUGCUGUGACGGUACUGCGAAAUAUGGGAUACGAUGGAGAUCUGCACUCGACGGAAAAUUUGCGCCGUGCUGUUCAAAAACUUCCGUCACAAUUAAAACGUGACUGGGGUGAAUACAUUAUUGACAUCCAGAGGCCAAAUCUAAUACAUUUUGAUGCAUGGUUGCAAAAGCAGGUUCGCAUUGCCCUAAAUUAUGCCACCGUGACAGCCUCAAGUAGUAAGCGGCCAACAGUCAUCAGUGAGUCACAGCAGGAAUAUAAAAAUUUGAGGAGCACACUGACGACCGAAGCGUUCGAGUCCACGUCAAAGGUCUGUUCAUGUUGUGGCAAUGGUAUGCAUCAGUUGAAUGAAUGUUUUGCCUUUAAACAGAUGGAUGCGGUAGCAAGAAAUAAGUUUGUUUUCGGCAAUAGACGCUGCUUUUCGUGCCUACGAAAGGGUCACUUAGCUAGAUUUUGUAAAUAUAAAGUAAGUUGUGGUAUUGCUGGCUGUAACCAAAAUCAUCGACAAUAA